UCUUAUCAGGUUUUGCUUGUCCAGAAGCACAUGGUUUAUGUGGCAAAUGCGGUAAGGAGCAAACUUGUCGAAAAGGAUUAUGCAGCUGUCUCCAUGGCAAAACACUUUGUGGUCUUGCCUGCCUUGACACCCAAAAUGAUAGAAAUAACUGUGGAGGUUGCCAUAACGCUGUGGCAACAGAAAAACUCUUCUUUCCAGGUGCCUCCAUCCUUGAAGUGA